AUGUGUGUGCACGUACGCGUGCUCCGAGCUGUGCGGAUGAGGCAGUCGUGGAACAUUCUAGAACUUGGUGGUAUGAUGUGGACACUUCCCAAUACCAUUGGUGUAUUCGACGUGGUGGACCGCUUCCUUGACGAAGCGCUUGGAGCGCCCUCCGUUGACGUGGCUCCUGUCUCUCAUCAGCACCGUGGUUCCUCGUCCUUCUACUCAGCGCUUGACUUGGUCGAGAACGCCGACGGGACCGUUACCGCGACGGUCGAAGUCCCCGGAUUCAGGCGUGGAGAUCUCUCCAUAGAGCUUCACGACGACCGUUUGACUAUCUCCGGGGAGCCUGAAGACGUUACGACUGAGCGUCCGUCGGACUCGACCGAACAGGAGCGGCAAGUUGUUAAAGCAGCUUCCUCUCCUUACGUUAUUCGCGAACGAUCGUAUGGCAAAUUCUCUCGUUCGAUAAACCUACCACAGGGAACGAAGCCAGAGUCGAUUACGGCUUCCGUGGCUGACGGCCUUUUGACGGUUACAUUCCCAAAGAAGACGCCGGAAACGGAGCCGAGGAGGAUUCAGAUUGCGUAGAUGGAUCAAGUUCAGAUAGGCUCUUGUCGGUCUACUAGUUCAAUGUUAACGAAACCUCCUGUCACCAUUGAAUGCAUUAAUGUGUACUUCUAGCCCCCCGAAUGAUUAUUUUCAGUUUUAAU